AUGCAGGAGUUCCUGAGGCUGCUGAGGGAGCAUGGGGACGACAGCUCUCCCCCACCAGAUUUGGUGACCCUGGCAGGCAAGCUGUGUCGGGACUUCCAAGACAAACCUGUUCAGGUGCUACAUUUGGUGGAAGCCAUUCUGAACAGCAAGCAUCGUUGGGCUCUUGUGAAAAAUGAAGAUGUGACCAUGGUGUGUGUCCAUGUCCUGAUCCAGCAGGAGCAGCACCUUUUAGCCCUCCAGAUUCUAAAGGUGUGUCACAUGCCAGGAGGCAGCCAGGACCUGGUAGAACUCUGGAAUGACAUCCACUACCAACUGACCAUGAAGAGGCUGGGUGUCACUGAACUGACUGCAGCACAGAGGUUUCGCUGCAGGAAGAGGAAUCCACCACCCCUUACCUUCUGCCCUGAGGGUCCUAAGAACCGGAACUUUCUCCCAGAGAUUCGGAGCUGUCUGCAGGACUUUGCCAGAGGUGUGACUGCUUAUCCCAAGAAGGCCCAGUUGGAAAAACUGGCAUCGGAGACAGGCUUGACUACUGAGCAAGUGUACAGCUGGUUUGCCAAUUAUCGGCGGCAUAAGAAGGGUCUUCUCAGGCAUGUGGCAAGAGCCCAGGAGGCCACAUCAGAAGUUUCCCAGGCAACGGAUCAUGUUCCUGAGCCAGCACAGCUCUCAGGAAACCAUUGUGAGUCUCUGACUGUAUCUCAGUGCUCAGCUGGAUGUGAAGGAAGUGAGACUCUACAGUCCCCAGAGACUACCCAAAUAGCUAAGGGGCUGACAUCCCCAGCUGUGAGGUUUUCUGAAGACAACACAACAUCACCACCACUGGGUUUCAGGUCACUCUAUGGAUGUGAAGGACACCCGGAGUGGCGAGUUCAUCAUCCUGCCAGUCUCAUGUCCAAGGACUCUGACCCUGGGCCUGGCCUCUGCCCUCCGGCUGCUGGCAGUAGUGACAUGCUUGAUUCCUCUAUGAAUGCCCCUGAGUCCUGGAUGAUGCCCCUUACACUGCCAUCCUUCGAGGAAGUUUUCUUCCCAGUGGAGCAACCGGGACAUAGACAAAAUCUGAACUCUGGGAUGGAUCCUGAAGUUUCUCCUUUGUCCGUGGCCAUUGCCGCCCUUGCUGAUCUCAACCAUGCAGGAUGUACUGAGCAGCAGGGAAGUUAUCCUCAGAGCUUGUACCCAGAGGAGGGUCCAGGACCCAGAGGUGGGCAGGCAGCUUCCACUACAGUCUCUACAGAUUGUUAUCACCAUAGUUCUCUGGAAGCGAUGCCAGCCUUACCUGCCAUGCCAGCACCUCUGUCCACGAUGGAGCUGAGCCAGCCCUUGCCCUUCAGCCAGGUGCAAAGAGCUGAUGACCAGGCCUCGUGGGAUGCUUUCUGGGGAGCCACAAUGCUCCUUGAGUUUUCUGAGGGCGCCCUGGGUCGAAAUGCCGGUGUGGAGACGGAGCAGCACACAGAAUGA